AUGGGUGAGGCAGUCGCCGGCAGGAUGUGUCCUGCUGUCCGAAAUCGCACUCGGCCGCUGCAAGUGAUGCUGACCCAGAAGAAGAUCAAAGCGAGGAGGAAAAGGCGAAAGGAGUUGCUUCUGGUCCAGAUGUGCUUUAUGGGAUUUUUGCUCUCGGUCGUGUCGGGGUUUUCCUUGCUGGCUGAUAAUUCAGGUUAUGACGUAUCCAGCCACACGACUGACGGACGGGACGGGCGGGGCCAGCGGCGCCUCCUGCAGGAGCUCGACAGCAACGACACCGAAGAGGAAACGACCCCCAAAAACUGCACCGAGCCAGCUGUGCACGAGUUCCCCACAGACCUCUUCACGCACAAGGAGCGAACGGAGGGAGCGGUGGCCCUGCACGUGCUCUGUGCAGUGUACAUGUUCUGUGCUCUGGCCCUGGUCUGUGAUGACUACUUUGUUCCCUCCAUGGAAAAGAUCUGUGAGCGCCUGCACCUCAGUGAGGACGUGGCGGGGGCGACCUUCAUGGCCGCCGGAAGCUCUGCCCCCGAGCUCUUCACCUCCAUCAUCGGAGUGUUCAUCACCAAGGGCGACGUGGGGGUGGGCACGAUCGUGGGCUCGGCCGUCUUCAACAUCCUCUGCAUCAUCGGGGUGUGCGGCCUCUUCGCCGGGCAGGCUGUGCGGCUCUCCCAUUGGAUGCUCCUGAGGGACUCGGCGUUCUACACGCUCUCCGUGGCCGCUCUCAUCGCGUUUAUCCACGAUGAAAAAGUUUCCUGUUGGGAGUCACUCAUCUUGGUCCUGAUGUACCUGGUUUACAUACUGAUCAUGAAGUUCAAUUCACGGAUGCAGCGUUAUUUCGAGCGGCAGAAGAAGAGCUCUGUGAACUUGGCCAACGGUACGACCGGCAACGCGGACAACGACGACGGCGCCAACUGUGAUGCCACCGUGGUGCUGCUGAAGAAAGCCACGUUCCACCGCAAGCCGUCCGUGCUGAUGGUGGAUGAGCUGCUGUCGGCCUACCCCCACCAGCUGUCCUUCUCCGAGGCCGGCAUGCGCAUCAUGAUCACCAGCCACUUCUCCCCUCGAACCCGCCUCACCAUGGCCUCCCGCAUGCUCAUCACCGAGAGGCAGCGUCUGAUCAGCAGCAGGUCCUUCAGUAACGGGGACUCAGAGGUGACCGUGAGGGUCCCGGGACGGCGGGGGGUGGAGAACGGGCUGGGCGGGGCGGAUCGGGGGCUGAAUGGGCACCGGGGCGCAGCAGGGGAGGAUGACCGUGGGGGAGGAAGAGGAGGAGGAGGAGGAGGAGGAGGGGGAGGAGGGGUGGAGGCUGGGAACGAGACGGAGAACGAGAACGAGGACAACGAAAAUAACGAGGAGGAGGAGGAAGAGGAGGAGGAGAACGAGGGACCGUUACUACCCUUUCACCCCCCAGCCGGGGCAUGCAACAAGCUAAAAUGGCUGGUGGCGUGGCCUCUGUGCCUACUGCUGUUCUGCACUGUGCCCAACUGCACCAAUCCGCGCUGGGAGCGCUGGUUCAUGGUCUCCUUCAUCGCCUCCACACUCUGGAUUGCCGGCUUCUCCUACAUCAUGGUCUGGAUGGUGACAGUGAUUGGCUACACGCUGGGCAUUCCUGAUGUCAUCAUGGGCAUCACGUUCCUGGCAGCGGGCACCAGUGUUCCCGACUGCAUGGCCAGUCUCAUCGUGGCACGGCAAGGUCUAGGAGACAUGGCCGUCUCCAACUCCAUCGGCAGCAACGUGUUCGAUAUCCUGGUCGGGCUGGGCCUCCCCUGGGCCCUGCAGACGCUGGCCAUUGACUACGGCUCUUAUAUUCACCUGAACAGCAGAGGGCUGGUGUUUUCUGUGGGGCUUCUGCUGGCGUCCGUGUUCCUCACAGUUCUGGGCGUGCACCUGAAUAAGUGGGUGCUGGACCGCCGACUGGGCGUGCUGUGCCUGCUGCUGUACGCGGUCUUCCUCUGCUUCUCCAUCCUCAUCGAGUUCAACGUCUUCACCUUCGUCAACCUGCCCACCUGCCGCCGCAUCCUCUGA